CAUUUUUCCUCCCGGCGGCUGCUCCGGGUGCAAGUGCGGGGUCAGCGGCCCUGCCGGCUCUCGGGCUCGGCCGGAGCGGCGGGGAGGCGUGGAUGAGGGGGGAGGUGGCCGAGGGCUGCCCCCAGUGUCGCCGCCCCUCCCCCCACAGGGCAGUGCGGGCGGGCAGAGCGCCGGCGGGCGCGGGCUCGGGGUCACUUCCUGGCGCGGCCUCGUCCUCGCCGCUCCCCUCCCGCCGGGACCUCCCCCGGUCGCUGUCCCCGCCGGGGACCCUCCCCCGGGGCCCGCCCGCGCUCUCAGUGUCGGGCCCUCCCAGAUGGGAUAGGCUGUAAAGAUGUUUAGUUUUGAAGGGGAUUUCAAAACCAGGCCCAAGGUGUCCCUGGGAGGCGCGAGCCGGAAGGAAGAAAAGGCUUCUCUUUUACAUCGUACUCAGGAAGAAAGAAGAAAGAGGGAGGAAGAAAGACGAAGAUUGAAAAAUGCAAUAAUUAUCCAGUCAUUUAUUCGAGGCUAUAGAGACAGAAAACAGCAAUAUUCCAUCCAGAGAAGUGCAUUUGACCGCCGGGCCAGCUUGUCCCAGUCCGGUGGCACUUUUUCCAUCGCCAACGGUCCCACCCUUACCCUUUUGGUGAGGCAGCUUCUGUUUUUUUACAAACAGAAUGAAGACUCAAAACGCUUGAUAUGGAUGUAUCAGAACCUAAUUAAAUACAGCUCUUUGUUUGUCCAGCAGUUGGAUGGAUCUGAGAGACUUACGUGCUUAUUUCAAAUAAAGAGGUUGAUGAGCCUCUGUUGCAGGUUACUGCAGAACUGUAAUGAUGACAGUUUGAAUGUUGCUCUUCCAAUGAGAAUGCUUGAGGUGUUUUCCUCCGAGAACACCUAUCUGCCUGUUUUACAAGAUGCUAGCUAUGUGGUGUCCGUGAUUGAACAAAUUUUGCACUACAUGAUUCAGAAUGGGUAUUAUAGAUCUCUCUAUUUGUUAAUUAACAGCAAGCUUCCAUCAAGUAUUGAAUAUUCUGAUUUAUCUCGAGUUCCUAUAGCAAAAAUUUUGCUAGAGAAUGUUUUAAAACCAUUGCACUUUACUUACAACUCCUGUCCAGAAGGUGCAAGGCAACAAGUUUUCACAGCCUUCACGAAGGAGGUCCUGGCAGCCCCCUUCACGGAGCAGGUCUUCCACUUUGUCAUUCCUGCCUUGGCCGACGUGCAGACCGUCUUCCCCUAUGAGCCCUUCCUGAAUGCACUGUUGUCCAUAGAGGGUCCACGCUCCAAGACCAGUGGUGGAGCGCCGUGGCUCUUCUACUUUGUUUUAACUGUUGGUGAAAAUUAUUUGGGUAUGAAAUGCAAGAUGUGUCUUACGCGAACUCACAUGGAGGUGGUAUUAGCGCGGACCCUGUCUGAGGAGGGACUGCUAGUGUAUUUGAGCGUCCUCCAGACCCUCCUUUCUCGGUUGCCGGUUUCACCUGCCAACACAAGCUGUCAGGAUUCAGCCAGCGACUCUGAAGACGAGAGUGGAGAGACAGACACGCAGACAAGUGCUCCAGAGGAUGGUAGACUGUCAGUACCGUACAUAACCGAGGAAUGUCUGAAAAAGUUGGAUACGAAACAGCAGACCAACACCCUGUUAAACCUGGUCUGGAGGGACUCAGCCAGCGAGGAGGCCUUCACGCUGAUGGCGGCCAUCUGCCAUACACUCAUGGUGCAGCACCGAGUCAUGGUACCCAAGGCCAGGCUUCUCUACAGUUUAGCCUUCAAUGCCAGGUUUCUGAGACACCUUUGGUUUCUCAUAUCUUCUAUGACAACACGGAUGAUCACAGGGUCUAUGGUACCAUUGCUUCAGGUGAUAUCAAGGGGUUCUCCUAUGUCUUUUGAAGAUUCUAGUAGAAUCAUCCCACUCUUUUACCUUUUCAGCUCCUUGUUUAGUCAUUCACUGAUUUCCAUACAUGAUAAUGAAUUCUUCGGUGAUCCCAUAGAAGUUGUAGGUCAGAGACAAUCAUCAAUGAUGCCUUUCACUUUAGAAGAGCUGAUAAUGCUGUCUCGAUGCCUUCGAGAUGCAUGCUUAGGGAUCAUCAAGUUGGCUUAUCCAGAAACAAAACCAGAAGUUCGAGAAGAAUAUAUUAUAGCAUUUCAAAGUAUUGGAGUUACUACUAAUUCUGAAAUGCAGCAAUGUAUACAGAUGGAACAGAAACGAUGGAUCCAGUUAUUUAAGGUUAUCACCAACCUAGUGAAAAUGUUGAAGUCCAGAGACGCGAGGAGAAAGUUUUGUCCUCCCAAUCACUGGCUGUCAGAGCAAGAAGAUAUUAAAGCAGAUAAGGUCACCCAGCUCUACGUCCCGGCGUCCAGAAGUGCUUGGAGGUUCAGGCGAAUGGGGAGGAUCGGCCCCCUGCGGUCCACCCUGGACGUAGGUCUGGAGUCCCCGCCACUGUCUGUGUCUGAGGAAAGACAGCUCGCCAUCCUAACAGAGUUGCCCUUUGUGGUUCCGUUUGAGGAGCGAGUAAAGAUCUUUCAAAGGUUGAUUUAUGCAGAUAAGCAAGAAGUUCAAGGAGAUGGUCCAUUUCUGGAUGGAAUUAAUGUCACAAUAAGAAGAAAUUAUAUUUAUGAAGAUGCUUAUGACAAACUUUCCCCAGAAAAUGAGCCUGAUUUGAAAAAGCGGAUCCGUGUGCACUUACUCAAUGCACAUGGCCUGGACGAAGCUGGCAUUGACGGUGGUGGUAUUUUCAGAGAGUUUCUAAAUGAACUACUGAAGUCGGGGUUUAACCCCAACCAGGGCUUCUUUAAGACCACUAACGAAGGGCUGCUGUACCCCAACCCAGCUGCCCAGAUGCUUGUGGGGGAGUCCUUUGCCAGACAUUACUACUUCCUGGGCAGGAUGCUUGGAAAGGCACUCUACGAAAAUAUGCUGGUGGAAUUGCCCUUCGCUGGCUUUUUCCUGUCCAAGCUGCUUGGAACCAGCGCGGACGUGGACAUCCACCACCUGGCGUCCUUAGACCCCGAAGUGUAUAAGAAUUUGCUGUUUCUCAAGAGCUACGAAGGUGACGUGGAGGAGCUGGGGUUGAACUUCACUGUGGUGAACAACGACCUUGGAGAGGCACAGGUGGUUGAACUAAAAUUCGGUGGAAAAGAUAUCCCGGUGAGCAGUGCCAACCGGAUUGCGUACAUCCACCUGGUGGCCGACUAUCGGCUGAACAGGCAGAUCCGCCAGCACUGCCUGGCGUUCCGGCAGGGCCUGGCCAACGUGGUGAGCCUGGAGUGGCUGCGAAUGUUCGACCAGCAGGAGAUCCAGGUAUUAAUUUCUGGUGCACAAGUUCCCAUAAGUCUGGAGGACUUAAAAUCCUUUACAAACUAUUCAGGCGGCUAUUCUGCUGAUCACCCCGUAAUCAGAGUCUUCUGGAGAGUUGUGGAAGGCUUCACGGAUGAGGAAAAGCGCAAACUGCUCAAGUUUGUGACAAGCUGUUCCCGCCCCCCUCUCUUGGGGUUUAAGGAGCUGUACCCCGCGUUCUGCAUUCACAACGGGGGCUCCGACCUGGAGCGGCUGCCCACGGCCAGCACCUGCAUGAACCUGCUGAAGCUCCCAGAGUUCCAGGACGAGGCACUGCUGCGGAGCAAGCUGCUCUACGCCAUUGAGUGCGCCGCGGGCUUCGAGCUGAGCUGAGCUGAACCGGCGCGGCCGCGGCCCACCCUUGACGGCGAAGGCCAGGGCCUCUGCGCGGCACCUCCGGCCAGCAGGGCGCCCAGGCUGGACCCCUGGCUCUCCUGGGUCCCUCCCCCGCCACCCCUCUUCCUGCAUUUUUAAAUGAUUUAUUAAGUUGUGCUCUCGUAUUUAGAUGGGCGUUGCUUUUCAAAUAACUUAAAAUAACAAAUGUUAUGUGCCACGUGGCUAACUUAGUAAUUUUGCCAAGGAGAGCACAGUUUUAAGACUGGUGGCAACUCAGUGAAAUUAACCAAAGAUGAAGCUUUGGCUUUGCUGGUGGAACCGAGCGCGGCCCGAGCCACGCGGCCCGGGCUCCUGGCAGAGGCGCUGCUUGUGGCUCGGCCCAGCUCUGGGUCUGCAGAGAGACAGACCUGAGGGCGGAGAGGCUCGUUCUGGGGGCCACUGCUUCUUGUGUGGUUGAAUUGUUUACAGGCCUAAUUGGUAAAACUAAAGGCUUUUUUUUUCCCCUGCUGCCUUUUCCCAGAGUGGUUAGGUUUGGAAAGUAGAUAACAGUGGUAAUAUUUUAUUUGUGUUUUUUAAGCCAUUUCCCCAAAACGGGACUAGCAUGCUUGUUUCCGGCCUGCCACUGACCUGCAUCAUGAUGGUUCGGACGUUACUGUGUGGGGGUGUGUGUGAGGCGGGAACUUCCUUCUGUUUCCAUUUCUGUCUCCACCUUGUGCCUGGAGAGCUUUCAGGGGAGGGGGUCCCGGUCCGGUCCCUGCGGCGUGUGUGACCCACGAGGGCUCGGGGAGAGGAGACCCUGCAGCGCCGUCUCAAGUCACUUGAACCAAAGUGGUCCUGCGCCUUUGCACUGCGGCCCGGGCUCCGCGGGCCGGUCCUCCUGGAUGUGCGGGGAUGCCGCGCUCCCGCACCCUCUGCCCCCCCAUCGGUGCUGCUGUGUAGGAGGGGCAGGCGGCCCAGGCGCCUGGGGCCUGGGUGAUUCUCUCGGGAUUCGGCACUUUAUCAGGACCUGGGUGGUUUCAGUCUCCACGAGUCUCCAAAAGCGGAGAGCAUUUCAGAGCAUCGCCUGUGAACACAGAUGCUGGGGCCGCGGAGGACUCUGGACCGUGCGCGACUUCUCUCCCACGGCUGGUGUUUCGCUGCCACUGGAGCUCUGAGCUGUCGUGUUGAACUGGCCAGAAUUAGCAAUAUACUUCUAAAUGUGGGAGAACUGAAUGACACUUUCAACCGUGACCGUUAUCGAAACAAAAUGUAUAAUUUCUUAAUUUGAAGAAUAAAUUAAGUGUUUAAAUGCUGUUUGUAGUCUUGAUAUACAGAAAUAAAAUAAUUAGGGUUUGUCCUUGGUUUUAUUUUUAUUUUAGGUCGUUUUGUGUUGAAUGUUCUGUAGCUUCUUUACUUAUUAGUUGAUGUGUGUAUUUUAUCAUCAGUAUUUUGGAAACGGACUAUCUGGGACUGAAGAGAAUUGGGCAGUUACUCUUAUUUGGGUUCUUUUCCUCAGCUAUUCUGAGCAUAUUUAUUUGUAUGUUCCAGUGGCUAAAUAUUUGCAUUAAAUUUUUUCCCAAGUC